GCUUUACAGAUUUGUUUACUUUUCAUUGAUGUUCAAUUCACAUGAGGUCCAAAUACCAAUCGAAAUCAUAGGAUAUAUAAAAUUAUAGGUUUCAUCAGGUUUGUAUGGGUUUCAUUGCUUUUCAAACAGUGAGUGUGCAGCAUCAAUAAUUCGUUCGUUAAAAACUAAAAAAGAAGACUUUUUAAAUAAAUUUUUCACUUUUUGGGAAGGUUUGACAACGUCUUUGUAAGGGAAAAAAGGAGAAGUGGUUAAAAAAAAAUAUAUAAAGUCGUCUGACCACCAUAUUAAAACAUAUAGAAUCUUGCCGGUAUUGAUUCGAACUGGGCAGAAGUGGAGUCUUGUCUUCAAAUGUCAGAUUAAAAAUUGUUUCUAUGCUGAUGUACUGGAGUUCGCGAUGGAACGUAUCUGGACUUCGAGAGACAAGAGUGGGUCCAGCGUUUUCGAGUUCGUAUAUUUCUACUCUUUUGGAUGCAUCAGGUGGAUUCCGUACCUUAGGUGUUUUGCUGGGGGAGGGGGAUGUUGAUUCAGUUAUUCGGCGUGUACGGAGUGCGGCAAUUACUUCAUACCGUGCAGUUUCCCUUGCUGUUGUCGUGGUUUGCUGUGGCAAAUUACUGUCGGCAUAUCGUCAUGGCGCCAUUAUGGAAAAGAAUAGAAAAUUGAAAUGGGAACAGGGGGACGACAAUGAUCCACCUCAAGUUUCCAGCAAUCGUCCGAACAACUUUGACUUGAUUCCUACGCUUCCGUUGGGCUACAAACGAACCCUUAUUUCUACUAGAGACUUUAAGGCCAGCAAUCUGUAAUCCUCAAGAAGGACCCCGCAUUAAGGUAGUCUGUCAAUUACUUCUUUAUGUGUAUUGAAGUCUAGGCAACUGUUUCACACAUUUGAUUGAUGAUGAGUUGUGUACCAAUGGCUAUUGCAGUCAUUCCUGGAUGUACGUAAUCGUUGCAAUUCAUGUAACCUCGAUCCAUCCAUUUGUCGAUUAAGACUUGAUCGAAAUCGUGGCGAGUGUAGGCGGUUAAGGCGCACGCACGCAGAUAUUCCUCGACAAUGGCGAUGAUGGUAUCCCAUAGUAUUAUGUUCGUACUCCUGUUUAAUUCAAGAUUUUAAGGCGGUUGAGGCAGAUAAGCUACUCUUGACUCGAUCAUUACUUGAGGAUGCGCUCGAUGGCUUCAUUGUACACGGUAACCGUUUCCGUGUAAAAACCUCCAUACAAUUGAUAGAAUUGAUCUAUUGAAGUAUGAAGACGCAGCCAGACAACUCUUUGAUGCCGAUGGAUGGCUAGACUCUUAUUAAUCAGUGGCACUAGACUCGUUUCUAGUAAUUCCUUGAAUGUGUUAAGGUCGUUCUCUAGAAGAUGAUGAACUGUCAGGCCUA